AGUCGAUGAAGCGCAACUGGAGGAUGGCGAGUACUAUAUGUACAUAUGUACAUAUAAACGAAGAAAUACAAACCAAUUUCCUGUGGAUGUCCGGUCCCAAUCAUUUAUAUACAAACAUCGUUGCCAUGUUAGGAGUUUGAAAAAGAAUCCAGCUUCGUACUGGAAAACAACUCGCAACUUCGGUGUGAAGAACGGUGACGACUAUAUACAGAGAUAUUCUAUACAGCUUUCAUAACAUAGCUUGGAUAAAUACUAUCACUUAAAAAUGUUGUGUAAACUAUUCCUUGAUUUCGUUUGGCUCGUUUAUGGCCAUGGCCUAGUAAUGUUAUUAUUGUAUUCCCCUACUGAAUCAAACCAAACAUUGGAAAUUUAUUUGUGCUUUUAAAAAACGUGUAUAUAAGCCAACCCCUUAAAACAAGCGCUUAUGGUGGAGGCAGCUCUUCAAACUGAUCCAGAAAAUGAAGAGCUAUUAAAACUCAGAAGUGAUCUUGACGAAGUUAUUACCCUUACUCGUGAUUUGAUACAAACUCAACUGGAAGAACAAAAUAAAUCUUCAUAUGUGGAGCCAUCAUCAACCAAAAGAGAUUCGUCCAACUACUUCGACGAAAUAGAAGCAGCUCUAUUAGAAGCAGAAAAAUUAGUUUCAGCUGCUAAGAUUUGGAAAAAAGGAGACAAGUGUCAAGCUAAAUGGAAGGAGGAUCGUCAGUACUACGAUGCAACUAUUGAAGAUAUAUCAAGUACAGGAGAAGUUAAUGUAAUAUUCGAUGCCUAUCAAAAUCGAUCUACGACCCACGUCAAUGAGUUGCGUGAACGUACUAUUCGCAACGAAGUUUUUCCGUCAAACAAGCGGCACAGGCCCAAUCAAAAAGAAUAUUUAAAAAAACGUAAGCAAAAAAAGCAACAGCGCUUCAAGGACUUGGAAGAGGAACGUGAAUCAGACAAGAACAAAUGGCUUAAUUUUAACAACAAAAACCAAAAAAAAAACGGAAUGAAAGCAAGAAGUAUAUUUGCGUCUCCGGAUAAUGUAAGCGGCAGAGUAGGAGUCGGCACUUGUGGAACUGCAGGAAAGGGCAUGACAGAUUUUACUGUGGGUGAAAAAUAUAGAAAAGGUCUUUAGAAUAUUAUCUAUUAAACGGUAUAAUAAAAAAGGUUCAUAAAAAUAU